AUGAAGAGGUUGACAUGCUCACAAACAAUUGACACGAAAAGACAGAGGCCCGAAACCAUGGAACAUACACAGAAGAGUACUACACAAGAUACAUGCUCAACUUUCAGAAAACCAAUAGGAAAUCAAAUCAUUGGCAACACAACACAGAUGCAUUCAGUCAUUCAACAGACACACAGGAGUACUACACAGGAAUAUUGGGAUAUUGGCGAUGCAUCGUUCCGUUGCUUUCACUGUGGUGCCAAAUUUUUGUAUUCCGAGCGACUGGGCCAGCCAUCUAAACCUAAGGUCCCUAAGAGAGGUUCUGACAGAAAUAACCUAGAUGAGGAUGUAGUUCGUGGUUUAAAUGAGCUACUCCAUCAUUACAAUGUUUUGGUCAAGUCGUUCAGGAUGGCGCGAGAGACGAAUUGGUUUUGA